ACUGUCCGGGGCCACCAAAGUGCCUGAGCAGCACGGCUGAGCUGCCUGGCUGCGGGGGAAGGGGCUGAGGAGAGGAGAAACACGUCCCUUCCUCCACUGGGGAUGGCUUUGCCGGCUCAACUCGCUCUCUACAAGUCGGUGGCUGCUUUGGGCAGCUUCAUGGGUCUUGGAGAGGGUUAUUUUUAGAUGCUCUGUGUGCUCACAAGCCCAAAUGCUGUGGUUUGGAGGCCAUUAGCUUGCAGGGGAUGACUGGAAAACUUAAACCAAGGGUUUAAGGUGCAGGGGGACAUUUGACACGAUGGGACGUGGCGUUUUUGCAGAGGUGAUGGCAGUUCCCAGGCUGAGCACCGUAACGGAGACCCCGGAGGGAACCUGCCUGUGGAAGUGCCAGAGCUGGGCCAUCUGGCCCCUUUAGCUGCCACGUGGCCAAGCAGCGGGGCCGGGGAGGCCGAUCCCCUGAGCGGAUCCGCAUGUCAGAUCAGAACAGCACCGACCAUGGGGACUCAGACCCCCAGCACAGCCUCUCUAUGGUCUUCCUCCUCGUCCUCGUCUUCUUCAUCAUGGGGCUGGUGGGUUUCCUGAUCUGCCAUGUCCUGAAGAAGAAGGGUUACCGCUGCCGGACCUUCCGGGACGAGCUCGACCCAGAUAACAAAGAUGUGCUGGCGGAGCUCCAGGCCAACGAAGAGGAGGAGCUGAACGAGGACACUGUGGAGAAGAUUGUGAGAUGCAUCAUCCAGAAUGAAGCAAACGCAGAGGCCCUCAAGGAGAUGCUUGGGGACAAUGAAGGGGACAUCCCAGUGCCAGUGCCCAGCCUUUGUCCCCACCGUAACAGCCAGGAUGGGGGCCCACCACAUCACCACACCGUGCACCUGGGCUCCACACAGGCCCCCUGCAUCCACUGCAGCAAGAGGAAGAGGCAUCCACUGCAGCGACAAGGACGGUCCAAGGAAGGCAAAGGCAGGAUGCAUCCUGGAGAGACCACUGUCUUCUCAGUGGGCAGGUUCCGUGUCACACACAUUGGGAAGAAGCCCACGUUGCAGGAGCAGCAGGACGGCCCCGUGCCCGACGGCAGCCGGGAGCCCAGCACGGAGGAGCUGGAGCACAGCAGCGAGCGGCUCCCGCGGGAGCGCAACGGGACUGUCCUGCACAACGGGGCCCUGCAGAGAGGUGCCCAGGGCAGCAAAGGCGGGGAGCAGAGCCGCUCCACCCCUCCAGCCCCACACACACCCACCAGCUCCGGCAGCCGUGACAGCAGACGGGCGGGCAGAGGCGCCGGCAGCACCAGCCGCCAGCGCAAGCUGCUGAGCCAGAGGGUGCUGGGAGGGUCCAGCCCCAGCAUCCCGGGAGAGCUGGGGGAGGAAGGAGCCGGCGUCUGCCUGGAGGAGACCGGACUGGGGUCGGCAGACGAGGUGUCGGAUAUUCACGGGAGCCUGAGUCUGCAGGAACAGGCUGAGGAGCCGGGAAGAGACGAGAGCAGCAGGAAACAGCCCGGAGCAGAGGACACGGGGCAGCAGGCGCCCAGCACCGCACUGCAGGACCGAGGAGCAACUGUGUGACCUCCUCUCCGCUCCCGUCUGGAGCGUGGACGGGAGGCCCAGGACCCCCAGCCCUGCCCCGGGGAGGGGUCUCAGCCGUGGGGGACCCCCGGGGCGGUCGGCCCCAGCCCUGGCUGGGCAGCUUGGCGCUUGGCAUGGCCGGAACGACGCGCCGACGUCAGCGACAACCGCGCUGGGCGGCACAGGCCACAUCCCAUUGGCAAUAGGUACCCGCCUCCCACCCCCCCGCCCCGGACAGACCCCCCACUGCCCCCGUCCCAGGGCACCCUCGGGCCUGGCAGGGGCACCGCAGCAGCCAGUCCCCGCUGCCCCCGGCGCCGGGCGGGGAGGAUGCAGCAGAGGAGGAUGCAGCGAGGGGCAGGGAUGGAGGCAGUGGCUCGUCUCCCCCCGGCCCCUCCCACGCUCACCGCAGAGCACAGACACCCCCCCAUCCCUGCCCCAGGGCACCCACAGCACGCAGAGCGGGCACAGGCACCAAUCCUGCACCGGCAAAGGGACCCUGGGAGAUGCUGGUGGAGAAAGGAGCUGCCAGCCCCGUCCUGGGGGCUGGAACUGCACUGUAUAUAGAGAAGCUACAACCAUUAAAGCUGCUGAACC